GUUUGAUCCAGUAGAGGCAGAAAUCCCCAUAGAGACAAGAGAUUCGCACAUAAUCGUUGGAUGGUAUCAUUUUUUCUUCUUUUAUGGUGCUGUAAUCGAAAUUAACAUUUCUCCUCGUUGUAUCAGGACAAGUACAUUCCAAGGGAAACGCUGACCCGAAUUGUGGAGUUAACUGCGGCUACUAAUCCUCUGUUGCUCGAUUCAUUGCUUAUUAUUUUGCUAUUGAGGCGGUUGUCAUGUAGGCCGCAGACGGGAGGAUACCUUGUCAAAUUUAUGGAUACUGCAGCUAAAAACCCUUUCUUCUGAGAAAAUAUUUACUUUGUCUCUUUUCUCAACGUAAAAUUUCAAAGCUGGAUUGUGGAUACAUCGCGGUGCCGAAGGAUGGACGUGGACGCGUGCGCGGCGGUCGACGGCACCAGAAGAAGAUUGGAACCGGACGGGAUUCCAGAAGUCGUUCCGUUGGAGCUUUAUGACUCGGCCAGGGCGAAAAUAGACGCUAAUCUACGAUGGCUUUUCGCAAAAGCGUAUGGCAUAGAUAAUAUCCCAAAGGACUUGAGAGACCCAUUUUACACAGAUCAAUAUGAGCAGGAACAUAUUAAGCCACCAGUGAUUAAGCUGCUUCUCUCCAGUGAAUUAUACUGCCGAGUGUGUAGCCUCAUCUUGAAAGGGGACCAAGUGGCAACUCUACAGGGACACCAAUCUGUAGUGCAGGCACUAUCUCGGAAAGGCAUUUAUGUCAUCGAGAGUGAUGACACUCCUGUGUUAGAGUCUGAUCUCAGCAGUGCACCAAUCAAAAUGAGUGCUCAUAUAGCAAUGAUUGAUGCCCUCAUGAUGGCCUACACCGUAGAAAUGAUCAGCAUUGAGAAGGUGGUUGCUAGUGUGAAAAGAUUUUCUACAUUUAGUGCCUCAAAGGAACUUCCUUUUGACCUUGAGGAUGCAAUGGUCUUCUGGAUUAACAAGGUUAAUCUGAAAAUGAGAGAAAUUACUGAAAAAGAAACAAGAGUGAAACAGCAUUUGCUUGAGUCUCCAAGUCAUCAAAAGUCUCCUUCCAAGUGGUAUUGGAAACUAGUACCUGUCCGCUACCGGAGGGACCAUCUCUCCAGCCGACAGCUUCCUUACUUUCCUUUAUUAGAAGAUCUGAUGAAGGAUGUGUGUGAUGGUGCUGCCUUACUGUCUGUAAUACACUACUACUGCUCUGAGCUAAUGAAGCUUGAUGACAUCUGCUUGAAAGAAGUGACUUCAAUUGCAGACAACCUUUACAAUAUUCAGCUUCUAAAGGUGUUUUCAAACGAGUAUUUGAACAAAUGUUUUUAUCUCACUACUGAAGACAUGCUAUACGCCCCAUUAGUGCUAAAAAAUAAUGUUAUGGUCUUCAUUGCUGAACUUUUUUGGUGGUUUGAGAUUGUCAAACCUGACUUUGUUCAGCCACGAGACUUUCAGGAAGUUAAAGAUGCUCGAGUCAUGCUACAGCCAAAAGGUGUUCGUCCUCCAAUUCCCAUCUCAAAUGCAACAAAGCGCAGCUUCAUGGUGAGCCCAGCCAGUAUGUCCAGUCCCGCAGAGACGCCUCCCUUGAUACAGAAUUGUCCAGAUAUAUGUAACAGGUACUACCUGCACCUUGAAGAGUCUGACUUUCUCAAAAGCAGUUCAGGAGUAAGCCCUUCUCAUCCUUUGUUGCCUUUAAGACAAAAGCAGCAAAAAACUAUACAGAGUGAGGAGACUCCAGGGGUACGCCAUCGUUCUAGCUCUCUUACAAGAGUUGAUGGACAGCCAAAAGGCUCAAUAGUAGCAUGGUCAGACAAAAAACAGAGGCCUUUGUCACAGCCAACUCCAUAUGCCCUUCAUUUUGCCACAGACAGUGAUGUGGAUAUUGCUUCUGGGGACAGUAUAAGUCUAGCCAGGUCAAUAAGUAAAGAUAGCCUAGCUUCAAAUGUCAUCCAUAUGACACCCAAACAACAACCAGCUGGCCCCAGAAAAAUUAAUGGACAGGGAUUAUUAGGGAAUGUCAGCAUUGAAGAUGAGGAUGAAGAAGAGCUUAUUGCUAUAAUAAAGGCAGAAGGAGAACACAACAAUAAUGGUCUUCAUAAUCAAGGAGACCUUGAACUACAGAGUUUUUCCUCAAGAGCUACCAGCCAGGCCACAACUGCCAGGACUGCUCGUACAUUAAAAGAAGAAAGCACUAUAGAUGUGAGACCUGAUAGUUUUUUUUUAGAGCCAUUGAUGCCUGCAAUCUUAAAACCAGCAAAAGAAAAAUUUAUGAAUGUCAACAAAGAGGAAGAGUAUGGUGAAGGAAAGCAAAAAGGUUUAUCUUCUAAGAGGUCAGUGGAUGUACAGCUUCCUUUGCCCCAAAGAAACAUUGUUAGACAUAAGGUAGAUACUGAUUUAAAUCGGACUUUUACUCCAAUUUCCAGCACAGAUUUUACCACUGUAACUGAUCAAGCAAAUUCUGAACCAAGAAUGCCUACACCUGAGAGUGUAUUUGGGCCUUUCAGACAAUCAGCCACUUCUACCAUUGAAGCUGACACCCAUGAGAAAUCAAGUGGUUUUUUCCUACAUUGUUCUGAUUCUCAAGAAAAAAUAUCUAAUGCGAGCCAUGGAAAUAACAGCCCAGGUUAUGUGCCUGAAGCAACUUGGUCUGUGAGGCAAGAUUCUGAUUCAGAAGUUCUUGAUAUGGAUGAAGUUGAUGAAGACCUGGAAUCGAUCAUUGCUCGUCCAACUUCAAAAAAGUACUUUGAGGAUGAAGAGUCUGCAAAGCUACAGGAAGAUAUGAAAGUAAAAGAACAUGAUGAUAAAGAUGGAGCAAGUGGUCGCUCAAGCCCCUGCCUUAGUACAAUCUCCCAAGCUAGUAGUGCAUCCAUGGCAAGUGGAAGCAUUAGGAUGACAAGCUUUGCUGAGCGUAAAUUGCAAAGAAUUAAUAGCCACGAUGCUAAAUCAAGUACAAGUAGUUCACAAAAAACCACUCCAGAUGGUUCUGAAAGCUGUCCUCCACCCUUGACAACGUGGAGACAGAAAAGAGAACAGAGUCCUUCCAGGCAGAGCAAAGACAAUGCCCAUAUUCUAGCAUCAGAGUUGGUACAGCUUCACAUGCAGCUGGAAGAAAAACGAAGAGCAAUAGAAAUGCAGAAAAAGAAAAUGGAAGCGUUAUCUGCUAGGCAAAGACUAAAGUUGGGCAAGGCUGCAUUUUUGCACAUUGUGAAGAAAGGGAAAACUGACAGUAUUCCUCAGCCCUUAAAACCAGACUACUUUGCAAAAGAAGAAACAAAUCUCAGUGAGGAAAAUUUAAUUGUGGUGUCCAAAGAGUCAAGGAGUAAAGAUGGAGGCUCAAAGGAGUAUAAUGAAGAAAUGUUUAAAUGUUCACAAGAGGUACUCAAGGACAAAGAUGGAGUUGAAAACAAACAUACAGGCAGAAACUCGAGAGAAUCUCCUACAUUUGCAGCCUCCAAGGAUAUAGAUAUGAAGGUCAAUUCUACUGUUCUUUUAGAUGACACUGGUGCUGAACUUGACAUUAAUGAGUGCAACCGUUCAAUUGAAAUUUUGAACGAUGCCAUAACCAACAUUCAGCAGCAAAUGAUACAGCUUUCUUUACAACAGGAUCUACUAAUGAAACAAAAUGUCCAGUCUGCAACCUUGCCAUUACCUCACAGUAAACCUAGCCUUCCUGAACAGAAGAUAAAAAUGGCCGUGCAAUUUACUGAGCCACUUUCUCCAACUAGCAAUGGUACUCUCCGUAAACCACCUCGUUUUGGUCAGAGCAGAACUACUCGCUCAAAACCAUCUGAUCUAAAGUUGUCAAAGGAGAGCAAACAACAGAGUGCAUCUCGUGUUAUUACUCCAACUCAAAACUUAGAUAGUGUCCCUCAUUUAAGACAGUUGACAGGCAGUAGAACACCUAAAGUGGAAAAUAAUGAAGCAAGUCCUGUUACACCUAUAGACUCAAAAAGUGAAUCUAUUGAUAAAGAUACUUAUAAAUGUUCAGCUGGACUGAGAAUGCACCAUGAAUCCAAUCACCGAACAUUUUUGCUGUCAGCUAAAGAUGAGAGUAUAAAUUCUGAUCAGUUCUAUAAUGAAUGUGUGUCUAGUAACUUGAAAGAUACGGAACUUAAUUCUUCAGAUGGCUCAGGGAAGGAAAAUAUUCCCUUUGAAGAGUCAUCAAAAAGUAAAACCCAUCUUAUUGAAGUGGAUCUCUCUGAUCUUAAGGCAUCUAGUGAAGAUGGAACUGAUGAUUUAAAGGAUACAAAAGAUUUGACUGGUGAAGGAGAACAGAAGUCCAUUUUAGGAUUUUUCUUUAAGGAUGAUCAGAAGGCUGAAGAUGAAUUGGCAAAGAAACGAGCAGCUUUCCUCUUAAAACAACAGCGCAAAGCUGAAGAGGCUCGCUUAAGAAAACAGCUCCUAGAAGCCGAAAUUGAGCAAAAGCGAGAUGAGGCAAGCAGACCACAAAGGAGGGAAAAACAAAGUGGAAACUCAAAGUAUCAAAAACAGAUGGGGAGAAAAGUUCAAUUUAGCAGGAGAAAGGCUGAAGAAGACAGGAUACGAAAAGAGGAGGAGAAAGCAAGAAGAGAAUUUAUUAAACAAGAAUAUCUGCGACGAAAACAGCAGGAAAUAUUUGAAGAGCAAGGGCUUACCAAACCCAAAGCCAAACCCAAGAAGCAGAGACCAAAGUCUGUCCAUCGAGACGAGUCCCUCAGUGAAACACAGUCCAAGUGCUCUUCUACUCCUGAUAACUUAAGUAGUGCCCAGUCUGGCUCCAGCCUUUCUUUAGCCUCUGCAGCCACAACUGAAGCAGAGAGUGUACAUUCAGGAGGAGCAGCAUCUCAGCGGGGUGAGUCUGUGGAGUCAUUCCCUAUACUAAGUCGAAACGCCAGUAGGAACACGGAGAGGGACUGGGAGAAUGCAUCCACUGCAUCUUCAAUUGCAUCUGUGGCUGAGUAUACUGGUCCAAAAUUGUUUAAAGAACCUAGUGCAAAGUCUAACAAGCCUAUCAUCCACAAUGCCAUUUCACACUGCUGUCUAGCUGGAAAGGUCAAUGAAACACAGAAGAAUUCAAUUCUGGAGGAGCUGGAGAAGUGUGAAUCCAAUCACUUAAUAAUCUUGUUCCGUGAUGCUGGCUGCCAGUUCAGAGCACUUUAUUCUUAUUUCCCGGAUACUGAGGAAAUACAUAAAUUGACUGGCACAGGACCCAAAAGCAUCAGCAAGAAAAUGAUUGAUAAGCUUUACAAAUACAGUUCAGACCGAAAGCAGUUCAAUGUUAUCCCUGCAAAAACUGUAUCUGUCAGUGUGGACGCGCUGACCAUUCACAACCAUCUAUGGCAAGCCAAGCGACCUUCAGUGCCAAAGAAAAGUAGUAAAUGAGACAUUACGAUGGCAGUUUCCCUGGAUGAAAAGCAUUGAUAAUAGCUGUGAUAUAUUUUUUCAGUAAAGAUUUUGAAAAUGCUGUCAUUUUCACAUGUGUCUUUCAUAUUUAGAAGCAUGUGGAAACUAUGGCUCUUAAAUUGUGAAGGCACUGUGUUCAGUGAAGCAAACAUGUCGGAUCUUGAUGCCGUUUAUCCAGGCGUUUUAAAGUGACAUUGACUUUGCAUGUAGCAGGAUUUUUUUUUGUUUUCUAAUCAGUGAAUUUCUUUUUACUUGAAAUAUUUUACUUGGCACUGGGUGUGAAAUAAACUGCAAUUCACAUGGAGUUAACAAAGCUUGAAGCAGGGAUUCCUUGUUCUCCUUGUGGUGCUGUGGAAGAGGGAGCUCUUACUCAGUUACAGAAAAGCACUACUCUUGUUUGUCUAUUGUUAUGGCAUCACGUAAUAAAAAUUCUAGUAAAUACUGCCAACAUGUCUCCCAACUUCUGUCAAAAUGUGCUGCUCAGAAACUAUAUCAGCUAACAAUGAAAAGGGUCCAGUAUAGACAUUUACUUUUAUGGUACUGUCAAACUAAAGUGGUUUGUAGAACAGGCAACUGAUAGUUGCUGGAUUAUGGAAUGUGUGGCACAAAAUCACAGGUUGUAGGAAUGAAGAGCAAAAAUGGUACUUUUUUUAAUAGAAAAAACAGGUCGAAGUGGGACAGAUUAUGCUUUUUCACAGAUUUGUUCUACAGUAUGUAGUAUUUUUUAUUAAAUCUAUGACAUAACAAGGUAUGUUUUGAAGAAAUGGUGUUAGACUAGAUGUGAUCUCCACAGUGAGCACAGUAUUCCUGUAUGAAGGUACACGUUUUAAGAUCACAUUUGUUUUAAUAUUUUUAAUCAUGUAUUGUUUCCAUACCUUCUGUACUUUUUUUUUUUUUUUUUUUUUUUUUUUUUUUUUUUUUUUUGGUUGGUUGAACAAGAGAAUUGACAUUUUAACUUUCUGGUAGUGACAUUUAAUGAUAAUGCUAAUACCAUACAAGAUGGAUUGUGGCCUGAUUACUUUGGAGUUCAGUAGAUGUGCUGCAUAUAAUUUGCUUUAAGAAAAAAAAGCCCAGUUAGCUGAUGAUCAAAAUUAUUAAAAGUUGUUAUAUAGUCAUAUUGUGUGUGCAAAGCUGACACUUGAAAUGCUAUCACAUUUGUCUCAGCAUAUUAAAUUCUCAAUUAAUUCAAUUGGGUCUUUUUUUUUUUUUUUUUUUUUGGAACAACUAAUAAUGAACUUAAAGCAACGCUUAUAACAGAAAAGUCUUCCACAGAAGUUUGCUUCUUUUCCAUGAUGUUAACAAGAAAGGCUAUAGAAUACUUGAGAUAAGUUGCUGCAUUGUGUGUGUAUGUGUGUAUAUAUGUGUGUGUAUAUAAAUAUAAAAAUGUAUAUUUAAAAUGUGGAUAGAGGCUCUGUAAAUAACAAUGAUUGUUUACUAAAGAAUGUUAUUUUAUCACAUUAGGAUCAUUUUCUUUUACAAUACAUGCUUUACAUGCUUGUGCUUUCCUGGUGUAUGUUUGAUAUGAUGAUACCAUAUUUAUUUUAAAGAGAAGCACUGAAAUAAAUAUUACUCGUAAA